UGAGUAGUUGCUGUUGUUGCGUUGCUGAAUUCCGUUCAAAAGCGAUGAGAGUUUGUAAAUAGUCCCUUCGUCGGCGUUUCGUGCGUUUAUUUACCUUUUUCGCCGUGUUUUGUUUUGUUUUUUUUUGCGUUCACUGGCUCGUUCGCUGCCUUCCAUUCAGCACUGAGAGAAAAUCGAGCACCCGACGAUGCGGUGGAAUUUAAUUGCUAAUCGCAUUUUAUCCUUGGCUGCUUGCGGUUUCCUUUUCGCCUUUGUUGUUGUUGUUGCUGUUGUGUGCAGCAAAUAAACUCGUUUCGCGCACUAGUGUGCCCUCGUGCGUGCGUGUGUGUGUUUGUUUGUUUGCUUGCGCGGCUUUUUGUUUCUUGUGAUCAUUAUUUUUGUUAUUAUUGAAUGCAAAUUCGACGAGAACUGUGACACUUCCAAGCAGUCCAACAACAACAACAACAAACAGCAACAGUUGACAACGGAAGUUGUAAGAUGUCCCUGACGAAAAAGGAUCCGUCGCUGAGAGUCGCCGCCUCGGAUCCGCAUCUCGUUUCUCUGGGCGGCGGACGACUGAGCACCGCCGUCACCAUACACUACAUACACAUAGGUGACACUACGAUUGGAUCCGCAGCCAGCUGCAGCAUAUCGUUGAAUGGAAGUGGGGUGCGUCCACUGCACUGCACCAUCUACAGGAGCGACGCCAACGAGGUGACCCUGGUACCCGAAAAGGACUCUCGCCUACUGAUCGACGGUGCACCGAUCCUGGAGGAGACGAAGCUUAGCCAGGGGGCAAUGAUUACCAUUGGCAACUCUAAUUAUCUGAGGUUCAACAAUCCGGACGAGGCCCAGAUGAUGCGAUCGGCGAUGGGCUCCAAUGAAAGGAUUUCGAUGCCCCAAAUCGAUUUUACGCAAUCGGCGAGACAGGCCCACGAGCUGAGUCAGUCCCUGGAGCUGGAAUCCUUCUACGAAAGCAUCAUAAACCCGAUUAAUAACCCAUCCACCUACGAACUGGAGUGCCCCAAGGUCUUCUCCUCCGACCUGGUCACUGUCAACAUGCCGGCCAAAGAUGUUUUGGGACAGAAAUACGCCAGUUUUGCCCGUAAUCUCGCCGAGAAUCAUCGCAACGAAAAGCAGUUGAACAAUCAGUAUGCCAAGGGAGUUGGCAGCAAUGGUGGUUACUGGAAUGUGCCCAGCAAUGCGGCAAUUUACAAGGAGCAGCAUCAGCAGCAGCACCAGCAGGCUCCACAGGAUUUACUAACGAAAGUCAAUAACGAUCGCUACGAUCGUUACCCCAAGGCGGGUGGCCUGCAGAUCUACUCGAUGAAUGGUGUGAAUAGCGAUAUAAAUAAUGGCCCGGCUACCGGUAAUAAUUCUGGCACUGGAGGAGGAGCUGAACUGGAGGAUAUGCUAAAGAUCUGCACGGAGUACGCCGAUCGAAACAACUCAAUGCCUUCUACGCACAAUGUUUCCAGUACCUCCAGCAUCACAUCUUCCCCGAUUGUGCAGAACCGUAUCAAAACCAAUGGUUCGUUGCCGCGGGACAAGAAUAAGUCACCAUUUCCACAGCAGGCAGGAGUAGCAAGCAGUGCCAAUAUUUCACUUUUGAGUAGUUCCUCUGGCUAUGAGAAUGUACGGUUGCUGGGCCCCAAUCGUGUGGAGAUCAAUGGCCAAAUCCAUGUGCCAGCUUCAGCGGGAGAUGGCGGAUCGUCCAGUGGAGUAUCCUCCAAUGCACUUGCUCCCACGGCUGCGGUCAGAGCAAGCCAUGAGAAUCUUAACCAAAACCAUUCGGCAACUACAGGUGGCAAGUAUGUGCCACAGAGCCCGAGGACAAAGAUCCGCACCAACUGUAUGUCGCCCAAAAAAGACGUGUCCUUUGGCAAUGCCUUUGCUUUGGCUAUUAGUCCACCACCUCUGGCAUCCAGCGCUGUAGUGUCUACAUCCAAGCCCAUUCCUAUUCCCAGUAUGGUGAAGCCACCAUUGGCACCCAAACCACCGGCUCCAAAUCAGCAACGCGACUACGAGCAGCUCUUCAAAUCCUUCGAACGAAAGCAGCAGCAAUUGGAUCGCAUGGUGCCCGCCAAGCGGAGUAACAAGAACAUCAACAAUCUCACCCUUAAUCUGCAGUCCGUGGAGUCGCAGACGCAGUCACCCAAACCGAGCAGGAAGCCAGCUCCGGCACCCAGAAGCAUUCAUCUAGAGCAGCGUCAGCGUCGGGAGCUCAUCCAGCGGCGCAAGCAGCUCAAGCGGGAACUGGCCGAGCUGCCACCUUCAGCGGGAAUCGAGGGACUGGAGUUGAAAUUAGGUGAGCAGCCCUUAGCCCCCAGUGCCUCACCGCGGCUGCAACUGCAGGCCUUGCAGAAUCGAGUUUGCCGCCUGGAGGCCCAAAGGAAUGCCACUCGUGUGAUGGAGGAGAAUCAGCAGGCCAAACUUAAGCAGUCCAUCGAAAUAAAACAGGAUCAGCUGAAGAAACUGCGAGCCAUGUUGAAGCAGAAACCAAACAAUGCCUGCUUGAAGGAGGAGCUGCAGCUGGUAUGCGAAUCUUUGGAGAGCGAUAGAAAGACUUUCGAGGACCUGGAAUUUCAGUAUUUCGAGGAGGAGUCCGAGCACCAUGCCAGUCAUGAGGAAUUUAAACGGCAGGAGCAGCGUCUUAUGCUGGAAGCCGAAUUGGCCGCUCUGCGCAUUCAAAUUGGACCGGAUGAGGAGGAACCAGGUUCGCCCACCUCGCCAGGAUCCACAGGCAGUAAUCUGGUCAAUGGCGUGAUGUCCCAAUCUCUGUUUGGCUCCGCCGAACUGCUUUGCCCGAAGCGACGCAACCAAGAGGAUUUGAUGUCAAAGAGCGUGAAUGAAAAUAUGUUCUAUAAUCAUAAAAUCGAAGCCAACACCAGUACGCCCAAGCGCCUUCCCCUCCAGCUUUUCGAGGACUUGGCAGGCGGCAGCUGCGAGCAGAUAAGCUUUAAUCUAUCGCUGCAAGGCGAUCGCUUUGAGGUCAAUCCACUGGAGAGACGUGUGCCCUCGCAGGACGACAUCGAUCGCAGCUGCAAGGUGGCCAAUGAUGCGCCCAUCUCCGCCAGCCAGGGUGCCAGCACAAAGAUCUUUGACAGCAUCAUGGAGAUCGAACGGAAUCGCAAACUUCUGUUGGCCCAGCAGGGUCAUCAGGUCAUUGAGCACGAGCGCCAGAAGAUGUACGAUCUGAAAAAGAAGAGCCACGACGAGGCCCGCACCCAGUAUCUGCUCUCUACCCAACAAUCGAUGGAGCAGCAACGCCAGCUGGAAUCGGAUGCCAACGGCGGCAAAGACGCGAAAUUAUUCGAAAAGACCGAGUUGCAGAAGCUCAAUCAGAAACCAGGUGAACCAGUGGAUGACCAGGUGCAGAAGAUCGCUGGCGACAAGGAGAACAAUGUACAAAACCGAAAGUCAACAGGCAGUAGUCCCACAACGACAACAACAACAACAACAGGUGGUGGAACGACACCUCAACAGCAACGCCACUCGCAACCGGAAUUGGAGCACCACGCAAUUGCCCUGGGAAUAGGAGGUGGCGGCAGCGGAGGUGCAGGUGGUGCCAACCAAAUGGUGGCGCGUAGUCCGCGUCCGCUUUCGGAGGCCAACAAUUGCGAUGCGACGAUUGAGGCGCCCAAGUUUGCCAACGGAAUGGACUCCUCCGCGUCGCCGGCGGUGGCGGAUAACAAGAGGGCCAGCAGCAAUUCACAGGACACAGCAUCGGCGGGCAGCGGAAGUGGGAACAGCGGAAGCGGUGGCAGCACCGCCAGCGAUCGGAAACGCGUUCUACCGAAACACCAGCGUCCGCUCACCCGCUACCUGCCCAUCUUUUCGCCGGAUCUAAAUCUGCGGCACCACAUCGAGACCGCUGGCCACCAGAUCGAUCCGUGCCCGCACGUGUUUGUGGACGCCCACAGUUGUCGCGGUUACCUGCACAAGCUGGGUGCCACGUUUCAUGCCUGGUCGAGGCGCUGGUUUGUCCUCGAUCGCCAGAGGAGCGCCUUAAUUUACUACUCUGAUAAAUCGGAGAGGAAACCAAGAGGCGGAGCCUAUUUUGCAACCAUCGACGAGGUGUAUCUGGAUCAUCUGAAUGCCUCGAAGAGCGGCCGACCGCAUUGUACUUUUAUUGUAAAAACGAAGAAGCGAAGCUAUAACUUACAGGCCGCAUCCGAUUCAGCGGCGCGCAUUUGGAUCGAUGCCAUCAUUACCGGAGCCCAGGGUAACCUGGACUACUAACGGAUUCCGCGGAGGACUCCGAACACUUUUGCCCAGUACACAGUCUCAGCAUUAGAUGGGAAAUAUAUUAAAUGUAUAAGCUCAAAUAACUUACCUAAUAAUAACAAAGGAAACAUAAGAUUAAAAAGUAGCCAUGUAAGACGAAAAAACAGCUGCUCAACAAGGACACGGGCAAAAGGAACCUAAAACUAUCUUUUUUUUUUUGGCGAACUAACGAAAUCUGAGAUUUCAGAACUGGACCAAAGUCAAGAACGUAUUUUUUAGACCUAAAAAUUAUGUAUAUACAUUUUACUUUGUCAUAUUGUAGUUAAGAACUAUUUUUAUGUCUAGAUUUAGAAACGAUUGUAAGUCAAAAACAGUCCCAUGCUACUAACACCGCCAUUCUAAAACCUAAUCAUACAACAGAUUUUGAAAUUCUUGCUUAUUAGGACGGCCUGGUAUCAAAGGCAAGCAUCUAUAUGAUCGCAUAUAUAUCAUAAACCCUAGAAUAUAGCAAUAAACGUAUACAAAUUGUAUAACGAUUUAAAAGUAACUACCAAAAUGACUCUUGAACACUUGAAGUUUCAUCGUGAAUUUACCCAAUAACGUUAUAAUAUUGUAUGCCUAUCUAUUAUAUUUUAUGAAAAAUAUACCAUAUAUUUUGAUAAAUGUAUAAUUGGUACAAUCCAAUCGAGAGAUAGGGGGGUCAAAUUAUUUGCCCAUCGCUACGCGUAAGACUAAAACUGAACGAUUUGCUCAGGCAGCUGGAAAGGAUAAUCAAAAGCAAGAGAAUAACUGAGAAACACUAAACUAAUAAUAACAAUAAUUAUGUAUAAAUAUAUGUGUAACAAUACAAGGUAGUUAAUAAAAAGAAUUGUUUUUUUAAAU